UCCAAGCAGACGAGAGCAGCUGCCAGCCCUUUAGGAGGGUUCACGACGACUCCAGCUGUUUUAAGCUCAGUGAGGCUAAAAUCUGUUUCCAACAUGGAAAGGUCUUCAAAGAGAAGACCAGAACCUCCUUCUCAUCCCAGAAGUUUGUCCCUGCAGAGUGAUCAAUCUGCAGAUUAUCCUUUGAACUUUAAGGACAAAAUGAGAUUUUUUGAAAUGAGUUCUUCUUCCAGGGAUCCUCUGACGCAGAAAAGCUCCUCAGAACUCAGUCUUAUCUCCAUAAAGAGUACCAGAUCCCUGGAUUAUCCUCUCAACUUCAAGGAUGGAAUUACAGAGGAUAAGUCAGAGAAGAUCAGUGGUCUUAACCAGAACCAGACAGUGAUGGACGUCAUCUUUAAGACUCUUGAGGAGAAUAUUAUGAAAUUUGUGAAGAACGAGCUGAUGAGGUUCCAGACAGUCCUACAUCCGCAUCAGACAGAACAUCCAGAAGGUCAAAGCUCAGUGGAGGAGAUGUUCCUGGGUGUAGAUGAAGAGCAGAAGAGGAGCAGCAAAGAGUCCAUUUUAAACAUCACGCUGCUCUUCCUGAGGAUGAUGGAGCAGGAGCAUCUCGCUGAUUUAUUACACAACAAAACUGUCGCACCUUUAAGCACAAAUAAACUCAAAUCUGCUUUGAAGAAGAAGUCCCAGUGUGUGUUUGAGGGGAUCGCUAAAGCAGGAAACCCGACGCUCCUGAAUCAGAUCUACACAGAGCUCCACAUCACGGAGGGAGGGACUGGAGAGGUCAAUGAUGAACAUGAGGUCAGACAGAUUGAAACAGCCUCCAGGAAAGCACAAAGAUCUGAAUCAACAAUCAGACAAGAAGACAUCUUUAAACUCCCACCUGGAAGAGACGAACCAAUCAGAACGGUGAUGACAACGGGAGUGGCUGGCAUCGGGAAAACAGUCUUAACACAGAAGUUCACUCUGGACUGGGCUGAGGACAAAGCCAACCAGGACAUCCACUUCCUGUUUCCGUUCACCUUCAGAGAGCUGAAUGUCCUGAAGGAGAAGAAGUUCAGCUUGGUGGAGCUUGUUCAUCACAUCUUUACUGAAACCAAAGACAUCUGCAGGUUCGAUAAGUUCCAGGUGGUCUUCAUCUUUGAUGGUCUGGAUGAGUGUCGACUUCCUCUGGACUUCCACAACAAGGAGAUCCUGACUGAUAUUACAGAGUCCACCUCAGUAGAUGUUCUGCUGACAAACCUCAUCAGGGGGAACCUGCUCCCCUCUGCUCACCUCUGGAUCACCACAAGACCUGCAGCAGCCAAUCAGAUCCCUCCUGAGUGUGUUGGCAUGGUGACAGAGGUCAGAGGGUUCACUGACCCACAGAAGGAGGAGUACUUCAGGAAGAGGUUCAGAGAUGAGGAGCAGGCCAGCAGGAUCAUCUCCAACAUCAAGACAUCACGGAGCCUUCACAUCAUGUGCCACAUCCCAGUCUUCUGCUGGAUCACUGCUACAGUUCUGGAGGAUGUGAUGAAGACCAGAGAGGGAGGAGAGCUUCCCAAGACCCUGACUGAGAUGUACGUCCACUUCCUGGUGUUUCAGACCAAAGUCAGGAAACUUAAGUACCAUGGAGGAACUGAGACAGACCCACACUGGAGUCCAGAGAGCAGGAAGAUGAUUGAGUCUCUGGGAAAACUGGCUUUUGAUCAGCUGGAGAAAGGAAACCUGAUCUUCUAUGAAUCAGACCUGACCGAGUGUGGCGUCGAUAUCAGAGCAGCCUCAGUGUACUCAGGAGUGUUCACACAGAUCUUUAGAGAGGAGAGAGGAGGACUGUACCAGGACAAGGUCUUCUGCUUCAUCCAUCUGAGUGUUCAGGAGUUUCUGGCUGCUCUUCAUGUCCAUCUGACUUUCACCACAUUUGGGGUCAACUUGCUGGAGAAGCAGCAGAAAACAUCCAAGAAGUCCAAAACAGGAUCAUUUGUUUCUCCUCUGACAAACUUCUACAAGACCUCCGUGGCCAAGGCCCUACAGAGUCCACAUGGACACCUGGACCUGUUCCUCCGGUUCCUCCUGGGUCUUUCACUGCAGACCAAUCAGACUCUCCUACGAGGCCUGUUGACUCAGACAGGAAGUAGCUCACAGACCAAUCAGGAAAUUGUUCGUUACAUCAAGAAGGAGAUUGAGAUGAGUUCUUCUCCAGAGAAGUGCAUCAACCUGUUCCACUGUCUGAAUGAACUGAAUGAUGGUUCUCUAGUGAAGGAGAUCCAACUGUUUAUGACUUCAGGAACUCUCUCCACAGAUGAACUGUCUCCUGCUCAGUGGUCAGCUCUGGUCUUCAUCUUACUGUCAUCAGAAAAACAUCUGGAUGUGUUUGACCUGAAGAAAUACUCUGCGUCAGAAGAGGCUCUUCGGAAUCUGCUGCCUGUGAUCAAAGCCUCCAACAGAGCUCUGUUGGGUGGUUGUAGCCUGUCAGAGAGAAGCUGUGAAGAUCUGGCCUCCGUUCUCAGCUCUCCGUCCUCCAGUCUGAGACAACUGGACCUGAGUAACAACGACUUGAGGGACUCAGGAGUGAAGAAGCUGUGUGUUGGUCUGCAGAGUCCUCGUUGUAGACUGGAGUCUCUCAGGCUGUCAGGUUGUCUGAUCACAGAAGAAGGUUCUGCUUCUCUGGCUUCAGCUCUGAGAUCUAACACAUCCCACCUGAUGGAGCUGGACCUGAGCUACAACCAUCCAGGAGAAGCUGGACUGAAGCUUCUCUCAGAUUUACAGAAGGAUCCACAGUGGAGCCUGGAAACACUCAGGGCAGACCAUGGAGGAGCCUGGACCCUACAAGCAGGACUAAGGAAGUAUUCUUGUCAAAUUACUCUGGACUUCAACACGGCACACCAUCACCUGAACCUGUCUGACAGAGUGGUGAGGGUGGAUCCGACACAGAGGUCUCAUCCUGAUCAUCCAGAAAGGUUCGACCACUGGCAGCAGCUGAUUUGUACCAACGCUCUAACUGAACGCCAUUACUGGGAGGUGGAAUGGGAAGGGAUGGUGGCCAUUGGAGUGGCUUAUAGAGGAAUCGGCAGGAAAGGUGACGGCACCAGCUGUCUGCUUGGAGGGAACCAUCAGUCCUGGAGUUUGUACUGUGCAGGAAAUACUUACUUUGUUUUCAGCAAAAACAAGAAAAAAAACCUUCAUUCACCUUCGUCCUUCUCUAAAAGAGUAGGAGUGUUUCUGGACUGGAGCUCUGGAACGCUGUCCUUCUACAGAGUCUCCUCAGACACUCUGAUCCACCUCUGGACCUUCAGCACCACGUUUACAGAACCUGUCCACCCUGCCUUCAGGGUCGGGUUUGGGCAGAGCACCUUUAGUUCCUCCGUCUCUCUCUGUGAGCUGAAGUAGGACCAGUCCAGUCUGAAGAGAAAGCUCCACAAGAUCAUGAUCAUGAUCUAAAUGAUCUCCUUUUCUGAACUGAUCUGUGAUGGAUGCACCAGGGGUGUGUCCAGGGAGUGGCUUGGGGUAGCACAUGCCACCCUUGGAAUCUGAUUGGCCACCCCAGGUGCCACCACACUAAUUCACCUUUAAAUCGGCUUUUCAUUGUCCACAAAAGUCUUGGGGGUAAAACAAAAAAAGCAUAACCAUUGGUGCCACCCAUGCACAAAGUUGUGUCUUUGCCUGGGCCACCCCAUUUUAAAAGAUCUGGACACGCCACUGGGAUGCACUCAACAUUCAUAGCUUUUUCAUUCAAGAACCUUUUUAAUGAUGGCAACAAAAAGGGAUGAUCUUAUCCGAUCUGGGUUUCAAUAUGACAUAAAAACAAAGAACACCCAGAUAAAAGUACAGUUGUUAUUAGCUCACGGUUAAUUUUUUUUUACAAAUGUGACCAUAAUCUCAUAGUGAUGUCGUAAUAAGUAUUAAAGUCAUUUUAAAAGU